UUUUAUUCUUUCUCCUUCAAUACAAUCAAAAUAUCAUUCCAAAUAUAAUUAAUUAAUUAUCUAAAUCAAACAUUUGAUAUUAAUUGUAUCGUACUUGGCUGGAAUUUUUUUUGUAAAUAUAGUCAUCAUAUGAAAAUAUUAAACAAAAUAUAAUUUGACCAAAACAUAUUUUCACAAUAUAUCAUUGAUUCAUAUUCAUUUCCAAAACAUCCCAAUUAUCUAUCUGAAACAUGAAUUCUAUUACAGCAGCAUCUUCCCCAUCUUCGACCGGUGGUGCAAGCUCAUCAAACAUCAUCGGCGAAACCGUUUACAUCAUAAUAUUCUCCAUAGGCCUUACCAUAGUUCUCCUAACCAUCAUUGUGGCUUUUUACUACUUCUGCAGAACCCAUGUUUGGUCCCCCACCAGCAACCUCAACCACCAAAGAGCUUCCCCCAUCGCCGCCGUCCCAAACCCAUCUCAGCCGCAGCAGCCGGUGGCCGGUGCUACUAAAGAAGCAGGCUUAUUAGAUAAUGAAGCUCUUCUUUCCACUUAUCCAAAGCUAAGCUAUUCUCAAGUGAAGCAGCAGCAGCAAGGAAACUUAACGGGUUCAUCAGGAGGCCUAGGGUCGUGUUGCUGCUCAAUAUGUUUGGUUGAUUAUAAGGACGAUGAUACGCUUCUAGUGUUGCCGUAUUGUGCUCAUUUCUACCAUGUCAAGUGUGGUUUACAGUGGCUUCGACUGCAUCCCACGUGCCCGGUGUGUCGGAACUUGGCUAGUCCAGCUUCGGUUCAUCGGCAAGUUUCUCAGUUAGAAUUAUUAGCCCCUCCUUUGCCAAUUCCAGAAGAUGAUUAUGUGAUUCAUGUGGUAUAGCUUUAAUUUAUUCCUUCUUUGAAUUUGUUUUUUAUUUUCUUGGUGGGGAUAGAUGGAGUAGGUGGGAGUUAUAUAUUUAAAAAAUUAUGUAAAUACUAAAUAGACUUUUUUUUUUUUUUUGUUGAAGUUGGCUCAUGUAUUAAAAUAGAUUUUUCAUGUACAC